UUAGUAUGGGGUCCAAUGUUGCGACGUUUUUCUAGUAUAAUUUCAGGUAAACAAUGCCUAAAGUCAUUGGUAUUUCCUGAACUUGCUCAGAAACGACUGUUGAAGAUUGCAAAGUCAACAUUUGGGUAUUAUCUUGGUCGUCGCGGUCGGAGAAAGUAUCCAUUCCACAGGAGACCUCACAUUAAAAAUACUCAAUCUAUGAACCUGAAGGCUCCUUACUUUUGGUCAUAUAUGACUGCCAAGAGUCAGGGUUUUUUUCUUCCGGAAGAAAAUUACAUUACAGGAGAUUGGACCGGAAAGUUUUUCGUAUCAAAAAGACAAGUGUACACACUUCAACACGCAAACAGUGAUGCUAAGGUUAGAGUGAAAUCUUUUCCAUCAAUUUUUGAGUUUGAUAAACCUUCUCGAUGGAACAUUGGGAAAGAAAUGAAUACAAUGGCGAAGCCUCGAAUGGAUUUAAUCGAUGAGCAAAUGUUGACAAAAAAGCAGCGCCUUGAUUAUAUCAAGUCUGGAUUGCUUCCGAAGUAA